AUCUUAUUUGGAUAAGUAUGCAUCUAAGCAAGAAAAUGGUAGCAAGAAAACGCCAGUCUGUUCAGAUCAGGGGAACUAAAGAAGCUUCUCUUAGCACAAAUAUGAAUAAAGAAACAGAAACAUGUCCGGUAUGUAGUAAAGAGAAACUUGACGUUCAUCUGAUUGAAAGCAAUAAAUUAAUGGAAAUCAGAGGAUGUGAUUUUUGUGGACUGCGAUAUUUGCAAAUCAAGCACUCUAAGUCUGAGGCAGGUACUAAUAUACAUUGUAUUUAUUGUUACAAGAAUUUCAAUGAUACUAAAAACUUUCAAAAUCAUCUACAGGAUCAUAGUGAUUUUUUAAGGACUUCAUCACUUAACAUAAGUUCUUCAUCCUCAAGUUGGACUACAAAUCAUCAGGAGGCCAGUCCAAGAAAAAGGAGAAGUAUGACACCACAGCCCAGAGAAGAUUCCGAAGGAUUCCAGGUCAAAGAUCAGGAUAAUCCAGAGACUACAAUAGAGGAUGUGGCCGGAGCAAUCUUGACUCUCGGUUCAUCUCUUAAAAUAUCAAACACAGACAUGCGAAAUGUGGAAAACUGGACUUUUAGAUCAUCAAAAACUGCCAGGUUAAGUAAAACUUCUAAAUUGUCAAGAAGUACCAGCGAAAAUAAGACAUCUAGAUUAUCUAGAGCUGACACUGUAUUGAUAGGUGAUUGUACUGCCAAUGAAAACCAGCCUCUUGGAAGAAUAUCUAGAGCUGCAAGUGAAAACCAGGUGACUAGGUUAUCUAGAGCUGACACUAUAGUGAUUGAACCACAGAUUCAGAUCAGUGACCAAAGCUUAUGUAGUCAAACAGGAUGCAAUGCGAACAAGGAGAAUACUACAAGAAAGACUAGAUCUGCAACUCUAGCAUCAGGCAACUCUUUAGACCUUUCAUCUUUUCUGCUCCCUGAUUCACGACCAACCAGACAAGAUUCUAAUGCAAGCAAUUCCACCACUAUUUUAUCAGAUGAAGAAACUUUGCCUGGAGAGAGUAGUCUGAAAAAAGAUGAUACUAUUGUAUUGGAGGUGUCAGAUAAUGAAGGUAAUGUUUCAAGUCAGUUUUUAAUGACAUUACCUACCUGGGAGAAAAUGUCUGACCUUGAUUUAAAUAAACUUUGCCAAGAUGUUCUAAACUCUAAAAAGUCCUCUGUUGGGAGGUUAGCUAGCGACGAUACAAUAGAUCGUAUCUUACCUGGAUUCAGCAUGUCCAUCAUUAACCUUCUUCAGGAAGAUGAUAUGAUUAUUGUUGGUGACCAAAACCAAGGAAAGUCAAUUCAGAUUCGUAGAAUUCCCAGUGGGUCUAGUCCAGCUAAUGAAUCAAACAUCACUCAAGAACUUCCAGUAAACAAUGAACAAGAUAGCUUAGUAAAACCUCAAAAGAAGAUCUCAAAACAGGCUGAAGAAGUAAAUCCUGGAAAAUUGACUGGACUGAGGAAAAAUCGUCGAAAAGGUAAAUCAUUGAGAAACGAGGGACCGGCCAUUAGAAAGCGAGGUAGACACGUGGAAAGAGAAACACACACCUGCUCGGUAUGUGGUAAGGUGUUUAGCCGGCGAUAUAAUUUGAAAGUUCACAAAUACAUCCAUACAGAGCAAAAAGACUUGGAGUGUCAGUAUUGCCAUCAGCAGUUUAAACAUGACAGUCUUCUUCGUAAUCAUAUGCGCAUUAAGCACACCCGCAACAAGCCGUUUACAUGCGAGACUUGUGGGCAGGGCUUUAUUCACAAUAACUAUCUGCAGAGACACAUGCUGCUUCAUGCUGGGGACAUCUGUAAAUGCUGUGAUGAAAAGUUUGAGUCGCGUCGCCAAUUGAAUGUCCAUGUGAAAAAAGUUCAUGUGGAAUCCAAUUCCACCAAACAUUGCAGGAAGUGCAAAAUGAACUUUGUUUCUUUGUUGGAGCUUACUAGACAUUUGCUAGGGAUGAAAGAUACUGUAUAAAAUUGUACUUUUGCUGUAUCAAACAAUUUGAGAGUAUUGUUGGAACAUUACAUGCUUUUUAUAAGACCUGGAUGUAAAUGGGCAGUUUAUCAGUACAGAGAUUCAAAAGAAUUCAAAAGAAAUGUGUUUAAAUGCGCAUGUACCUCUAUGUACAUGUAUUGCACAAUGCAGUUUAGCAGAUGUUGAUAUAUAAAAUCCAAGUUAGAGAAAUGUUGGAAGCAUUUUUAAGAUCUAUUGGCAGUGUUGUGAAAGAUACUGUGGUUGUCAUUCCAUAUUUUUAUGGCACAAAUUAUGACACGAUUUGACAGGAUUAUGGGUAAUUAAAGAAAGGACAAUUUCAACAAUGCUUUUUCCCUUUUGAUGAUAGUCUCAAUUGUUAAGAUGUAAACAUGCAUAAGAAAAGUUUCUUUGAAAAAUAACAUCAAAAAAUUUUGAGAGAAGAAAAAUAUCAAUUUUUUCUGUAAUUUUUAAUCAUAUAUUUCAUUUACCACAGAUUUUGUGAAAUGUACAGAUAUUUUUUUUUAUUUUGAAUGUAUUUUUUAUAAAUAUUUAGCAUUUUUGUGCUUU